AUGACAUCCAAACCCGAGCUACGCCUCUCCACAACCAUGCCGGCGGCCAACCCCGAUGCCGACGCCAAGCGACCCCGAAGCGAACUGCGCAGCCCUCGUUUCCGCGAAGACUUUGAUGCGCCAUUCUCAGAGGCGCUCCUCAACGCGUCGACAAUGACGCUCGCCACCGAGACCGACACGUCGCCGCUCUCCCAGCACCCCGGCGACAUGUCCAUCACCAAGCCGGCUCACUCUCCGCGCCCCCCGCAGUCGCGCGAAGAUAGCUGGUCGUCCACAAACUCUAGCCGAAGCGCGACCAGUGCGAGUCCCGGCGUCAACGACAGGAUAAAAGAAUGGGCUCGGAAGUCGUUCAUGGCUCGGAGGCGCUCGGACGACGGGGAAUCGUCGCGGUCGUCAUGA